AUGGCACCGGGCUUGUAUCUGUCUCUCUCAGCCUCCCAGCCAACCCUGACCCAGCCGGACACACUGCUGGUCUUCCCAGGCCAAGUGGCUCAACUCUCCUGCAUGCUCAGCCCCCACUAUGCCACCGUCGGGGACUACGGCGUGUCUUGGUAUCAGCAGCGGGCAGGCAGCGCCCCCCGCUUGCUCCUCCACUACCGCUCAGAGGAGGAUCACCACCGCCCCCCUGACAUCCCUGACCGCUUCUCGGCAGCCACGGAUGCAGCCCAUAAUGCCUGCAUCCUGACCAUCAGCCCCGUGCAACCUGAAGAUGCCGCGGAUUAUUACUGCUCCGUGGGCUACAUACCCUAGGGGUGGGGUGUGGGAUGAGUGCCUUCUGUCUGCCUCUCACUUAUGCUCCUCACCUUGGGACCCUCCCUUUCUCUGAGCCUUGAUUUUCCUCCUCUGUAAAAUGGGUUAAUAAUCAACAUGUUAACAAUAACUAUUCUGCGGGCCAUGAGAUCCUGGCUGCAAAAGUGACCAAGGUUGGUCUGGGAGUGUCGGGGUAGGGAUUCUGGGGAUUGUUGCAGAAGAGGAAGCACCUGAGACCCUUGGGUGGGGCCCCACCUCCCUACCAGCCCCCAGGGAGCUCAGAAUGGUGGCUCUUGCCUUCCUGUGACUGG